UCCAUGCUGCUAAGGUUUCGGGCGGCUGGGGCGUGUCUUGAUACCACUCAUUGUCGUUUUCCUUUGCUGCUGUAAUGUUUAUUGCCCUGGUUCACGAAGGUCUCAGAGUGCUUCAGAGCCCCAUUGUCCGAGCGUACGUGGGCGAGACCGCGACACUCGGCUGCUCCUUCAAGUACAGGCCGGGCAGCGUGGUCAAUGUGAAGUGGACUAGAGCACCCGGGGUUGCGCUGGAAUCUCACCAUUCCUUCUACAGCGGACGGCUCAAUGUGUCCUUCCAGGAUCUGCUCCGGAAAGGGGAGGUCACUCUGACCCUGUCAGAGCUGCAGAAGAGGGACUCUGGUCUCUAUCGGUGCCAAGUCACCAUCCGCCAUGAAGACAGCGGGACAGGAGCGGGCACUGAGCUUCAGGUGAUGGAGAGAAACCAGAGUGAUACAGUUCACGAAAGUCUCAAAGUGCAUCAGAGCCCCGCUGUCCUCCGAGCGUCCCCCGGAGAGACCGUGAACCUCAGCUGCUCCUUCGAGAACAGACGGGACAGCAAGGCCAAAGCGACGUGGACUAGAGCACCCGGGGUUGUGCUGGAAUCUGACCAUCCCUUCUACAGCGGACGGCUCAAUAUGUCCGACCUGGAUCUGCUCCAGAAAGGGGAGGCCACGCUGACCCUGUCGGAGCUGGAGGAGCGGGACUCUGGUCUCUAUCGGUGCCACAUCAGCAUCCACCAGGGAGAGCGCGGGACAGGAGCGGGCACCGAGCUGCAGGUGAUGGGGAGAAACCAGAGUGACACAGGUAAAGAACCUGCCCCCGUAGGGUGCUGCGCCCGGGAGCUCCUGUACCAGGUCGCCAUCGCCCUGGGGCUCCUUCUCAUCCUCGGUCUGGCGGCCACCCUCCUCCUGAAGAGACACCGAGGUACCAAACCGGAGCCUUCCCCCCGCUAACCUCCUGUCCCCAUGGGCCAAGGCCUCUGCUCGUGAACGCACCCUAGCGG